AUGGACGGUUUGAAAUUCUUUCAAGCUUGGGACAACUUCCUCGGCCUGUUUCGAGCUGCUAAUAUGCCGAAUCAAAACACCAACCCUCCUUCAGAAGACCGAGAAGUUCCCCAAGACGAGCUUGGGGAUCAUGAAGAACCUCUAGAUAAAGACGCUCCUUCUGAAGAUGACACCGACAAGCAAAGCGACACUGGAGGCUCAGAGGAUCACUCGGAGACUGACCCCACUGACCCCACUGACGACACAAACGCCUCAGAGCCAGACAACGUCGGGCGCGACAACCCUAUACCCAGAGUCAAUGGUAGCAUUGCAGUAGCUUUCAGCGUAUUCUGCCGACAAGCAUUCGACUCUGUCGUAAUGAAAGUUGAGGUGACUGUAUCAAAAGUCAAAGACUUCAUCAGCAAUGCCAUUCAGACUUUCAAGGAAAAAGGUUUUUGGGACACUGCAAAGGAGGCCGGAGCGUGGAUGAAGGCGCAUCCAUGGGAGACGGCUCGCAUAGUCGCACCUAUUGUUGCCGUGAUAAUUACAGCCAUCACGCUUUUCGCUGUUGGAUUCGGACCCGCUGGCGUCGCAGCUGGCAGCACAGCGGCCAUUAUUCAAGCGGGCAUCGGUAACGUGGUCGCGAACUCCCUGUUUGCAACAUGUACAAGCGCGAUGAUGGGCGGCUCCGGUGGUCUCAUUAUCUUUGGGGGCGUUUGGGCUAUGUCGACUGUGACUACUGCAGCUUCAAUGUCUGCUUGGAAGCGAUGGAAGAGCAGAAAUGACCAAAGUGUGGUGCUAUUUCCGGGAGUGGCACCAAAUGAUAUCUCCAAGAAAAUGAAGGACGCCGCCGAGAAUUUCGUGGUUGGGUCCAUGCUAUUAGCUGCAUACGUCACUUACCGCAUCAAGAGUUGGUUGCAGUCACGCAGGCGAACGAAGAGUGAUUAG